AUGACGAUGCAACUGUUCGGUGGGAAUGCGCCGCUGGGGGAUGCGAUCAGUAAUUUCCUCCUCCUCAUGGGCUACGCUGACUUCUUGCAUGAGAUUCUUUUGGUCGGAGCUUCCUCGGAGAUCGUAAGAGUGAAAUCUUCCUUCCUCCCGAGAGCUUCAAGCUCCAGGCCACUAGGGGGCAGCCGGCAACGAGCUCGUGGACAACCGUGGCAGGACUCCGCUAUCGCUCUCGUUCCGCUCCAACAAGGGAUAAACAUGUACAGCGUCUUUGAUGGGCAUGGACCAAGUGGACACAUCAUCGCUGAGUUUCUGUCUGAAAAUUUUCCGAGGAGCAUGAAGGAGGCGCUGACGAGGUCCCAAGGGUCGCAGCUGCCGGAGUGGGUCAAGUUCGCGUUCUCUCAGCCCUCCGUCUCGUUCUCAUUCACCAACCAGAUUGACUAUGAUGCCUCGGAGGCAUUUGGAGCAACAGCUCUCAGUCAGAGUGGAGCCACCGCGACGAUAGUCCUGCAGGACGCGGACUCGCUGCUUGUGGCUUCAGUGGGAGACUCCCGGGCGAUUCUAGCGGCUCUUGACGGCACUUCCAUCUCCCUAACCACCGAUCACAACCCUGCGGAUCCUACUGAAAGGAAUCGCAUAGAGGCCAGCGGUGGGAUGGUGUCUGUGUUCCCGGGAGAACCAAGCGUGGAAGAAAGUGGCAAGGGACGAGUUUUUCUUCAGGGUCAGUCCUAUCCCGGAUUAGCCACAUCCAGAGCUUUCGGCGAUUAUUUGGCGAAGCAGGCUGGGGUGACUGCUGAGCCUGACCUGAAGUGUGUGAAGAUUGGGAAGAACAAGGUUCUAAUCUUAGCCACUGACGGAGUGUGGGACGUUCUCGAUGAGCAGACGGCGGUCGCUACGUGCUUGCAAUUCUACAACAAUCGCGAUGCUGCAACUGCUGCUCAAGGUCCGUUGGUUGGGAAGGAGGAGGAGGAGGAGGGGAAGGGGGAUGGACGAGGGAGUUACAGCGAUAAGGCGAGGAGGGCAAGUGAAGGUCAUGACAGUACUGGUGGAUGCUUCACGAAUGAUCUGGGAGGAGCGACCAGGAUCCAAGGGUGA